AUGGUGGACAAACGUGACGAUGACUCCGGGGAGCGGAAGAUGCGUAUGGUUGUCAAUUACCAGGCUCUAAAUGCCCUUACAAUAGGCGCUGAUUUUCCACUACCUCCCAUUCAAACCAUUCUGGAGAUGCUGAGAGGCGCCACGUAUUUUUCCACCUUGGAUCUUGAAGCAGGAUUCCAUCAAAUACGUAUGGCUAAGGAAGACUGGUGGAAGACGGUUUUCCGGUCCGUUCUCGGACUAUUCGAGUGCCGCGUGAUGCCCUUCGGCCUUAAGGGUGCUCCCGUUACGUUCCAGGCCAAUAUUAAUGCCUAUCUACAACCUUUAUUGGGACAGGGCGUUAUUGGGUACCUAGAGGAUGUACUUAUCUAUAGUUCUGAUCUCUCUGGGCACGUUUCUCUCCUGCGACAAGUCCUAAGCAUUUUUCUUAGACACCAGUUCUACCCAAAAUUCCGCAAAUGCAAGUUUGCAAGACAAACAAUUACAUAUUUGGGUUACACCAUUUCUGCUACGGGGAUCACACCCGCAGAAGAUAAAAUCGCAGCCAUCUGGCAUUGGCCAGAGGUGCUGGAGAACGAAACGCAAGUGCGCCAGUUCCUCGGUACCACAAAUUACUGUCGCAUGUUCAUGGGACCGGACUAUGCAGACGUUGCCCGGCCGCUGGUUGAUCUUACGCAUCUUCCCCUUACAACGACAGGGCACGACUCGAUCCUUGUCAUGGUAGACUCCCUCAGCAAGAUGGCUCAUUUCGUUCCUGCAAAGAAGUCAUUCACAGCAGCAGACACCGUGGAGCUUCUCGCAGACCGCCUUAUCCGCUAUCACGGUUUUCCAGAGGUGCUCAUAUCGGAUCGCGACCCCCGUUUCCAGUCGGGUCUUUGGAACCAGCUCUGUCGCCACUUUAACAUCAAACGGUGCAUGUCCUCGCCCUACCAUCCCCAAAGCGACGGCCAAACUGAACGGGUUAUCCGCACACUGGAGCAGAUGCUUCGUGCCUAUAUCAAAUCUGACGAACGCGAGUGGGAGCGUUUGCUUCCGGCCUUGGAACUUGCCUACAACACAACAAGUCAUUCAUCCACUGAGCUCUCUCCUUUCGAGGUCAUGAUUGGAGAGAACCCGUUGACUGCUGCGGACCUUGAUAUCGCAAAAUGGCAGCAGAAGUACUACGCAGACACAAAGCGCCGAGCAGUGGAGCAUGCGGUGGGAGACAAGGUCUGGCUCAGCAGCAAGCACCUACCGCCUUUCAACAGCUGCCCUAAGUUAGAGCCCCGUUACCGCGGACCCUUCGAAGUCAUCGAACGCAUAGGAACUGUCGCUUACCGUCUCGCUCUGCCUCCCACUUAUGAAUGCCUUAACGUUUUCCACGUCUCGCAGCUAGUUCCCCAUCGCCCCCGCCCUCCCGCUUUGGUUCCCUCGGCAGCCGACGCCGCCUGGCCUCCUAUCCACGAUGCAGCAGGCAAUCCCACAGAGGAAUACGAAGUCGACUAUAUUCUGGACCAACGCGGCUCGGGAGAUGCAGCCCAGUACCCCGUGAAGUGGGGCGGGACCCCUGAAGAUCAAGCCACACGCGAGCCAGCUCACCACCUUACAGGCUGCCCGGCUUUGCUUCGCGCUUGGCGCCACCGCCGACGAAGACAUCUUCAGGCUCGAAACAACAUUGGUCCUUCCGAGGCGUAG